AUGGUUUCCGCGCGGCACUCAGUCGCGUUGGCGAGUCUCCUCAUCUGCGCUCAUGCACAACCCUCCGUGCAUCUUGACAAUGGGUUGAGCGUCCAGGGCCAACUGUCCUCCAUCGCGCCCACCGUGGCCGAGUUCCUGGGCAUUCCCUACGCACAGCCGCCUGUUGGCGACUUGCGAUGGGCGCCUCCCCAGGCGCUUGCUUCGAACAGCACCAAGUUCGCCAACGCAACCGUCAUGCCCAAGUCGUGCUGGCAGAACAUUACCAUGGAGCCCGACAUGGUGACGUACGAUGUGCCCGAAUUCAGCAUCGGGUCCGCGGGCAUGAGCGAGGACUGCUUGACGACUAGUAUUUGGACGCCGGUUGAAGCGUUGGAGACGGCAGAGAAUGAGGCUGGGUUGCCGGUGCUGAUCUGGUUCUUUGGUGGAGGGUUCACCACGGGCGGUGUGGAUGUGCCGUAUCAAAUGCCGGCGCAAUGGGUGGAGCGGUCGCAGUCGCAUAUUGUGGUCUCGUUCAACUACCGCAUCAACCUCUUUGGGUUUCCCAACUCGGCCGCUUUGACGGAGCAGAACCUGGGUCUUAUGGAUCAGAGACUUGCCGUCGAAUGGGUCCAAGAAAACAUCGCCAAAUUCGGCGGAGACCCAGACAAGAUGGCCAUCUGGGGACACUCGGCCGGCUCAAUCGCAGUAGACUACUACAACUUCGCCUACCCUGAGGAUCCCAUAGUGAAGGGGUUGAUCAUGGACUCGGGAACUGCCCACCUCGACCAGCUGAUGAGCUUGGAUACCGCCCAGUCCAGUUUCUCUCUAGUUGCGGCCAAUGUCGGCUGCGGUAACACGACCGACGCCGUGGCUGAGCUGGCAUGCAUGCGCAAAGUGCCGGCCGAGACCCUCGAGAGUUUUAUUGUAAACUACCAUUUCUCGGGAGCCACCCCAUCACUUUCAUUCUCGGUCAUUGCAGACGAGAAACUCGUUUUCAGCAAUUACACUGAGAGGGCCGAGGCUGGAGCCAUGAGCGAUUUGCCUGCCAUCAUCGGCUUCAACGCCAGAGAGGGUGUUUUCCUGGCCACCUACAAUACGUCCGGCCUCGACGAAGCCACCGUCGCGAGCCUCUCGUACUCAUACUUUUGGUGCCCUAGUACCAAGACAACCCUUGAACGUGUGGCCGCGAACCGCACAACCCACCGCUUCUUCUACAACGGCAACUUCACCAACGUGUCGCCCCGAUUUUUUGAGGGCGCCUAUCACGGCAGCGAACUUCCCAUGCUCUUUGGCACGCACGCAAACUUCCGCGGUAACUCGACACCGUUCCAGUAUGAGGUCAGCCAUACCAUGCAAGACGCCUACCUGGCGUUCAUCAGCGAUCCCGUUUCGGGACUUGAUGGUGUCGGGUGGCCGGCAUAUGAGGCGGCAGGAGGUGCUGUGCGUGCUUAUGGUGAGAAUGGAACGGCGGCUACUGUUCGCUCGUUGGUGGAUAUUGAGGAUGAGUGUGGCGCGUUGGGAUUGUUGUAG